AUGGUAGCCAAAGUUCUCGCCGUCUUCUUCUUCCUCAAGUUUCUGGUUUUACAUGGAAUCGCCAUCACCACCAAUACGAAGUCAGCUCGUGAUGCUGAUGGGCAUGGAACUCACACUGCCUCCACAGUGGCUGGUUCUCAACUGCUAGACCUGCCAUCUACAAGGCUUGUUGGUUUGGUAUCUGCAAUGAUGCCGAUCUUCUCAUGGCCCUGGAUGAUGCAAUUCACGAUGGUGUUGACAUUAUUUCUGUUAGUUGGUCCUUUGCCACCCCAGACGAGUUACUUACAGGACGCAAUACCAAUAGGAACUUUCCACACAUUCCAGAAAGGAAUUCUUGUCUCUGCAUCAGCUGGGAACAGCUUUUUCCCAGGCACUACAUCUAAUGUUGUUCCAUGGAUCCUCAAUGUUGCUGCAAGCACUAUAGAUUAUGAGUUUCAAUCUUAUAUUUAUCUUGGAAAUUCAAAAAUGUUAAAGGAUUUUGGUUUAACUCAACCAAACAUGAAGGGCUACUAUAGUUUGAUAGCAGAAAGUGUUGCAGUAGCCCCAGGAGUUCCCCAAAAGAAUGCAAGCUUCUGCAAGAACAAUACUUUAGCCCCUACCUUAAUCAAAAGGGAGAUUGUGGUCUGUGAGAUUGAGUCAAACAGUGAUAGUCAAACAGAAAAGGAGACUUUUGUAAGAGAAGGUGGUGUUGUGGGGAUAAUACUCAUAGAUCCACUACUUUUAAAAGAUGUCAGCUUUCAGUUCGUGAUUCCAAGCACGUUAAUUGGUCAAGAACAGGCAGAAGAAUUUAAAGCUUAUGUAGCAGCAGAAAAGUAA